UCACGGACUCCACUUUGCCAGGUGACGGCAGACACGCGCUCAAGAGUGCAAACAUGCUAUGUUUCUAACACGCCCGAAGUCGGGAAUUGACGGAGAAUGGAGACGCGCCUUGGUCACUGCCUUUUCAUCAUUUUCUCUGAGUGGAUUUGGCUCUUCACCCUAACUUCCAUCCUGGGCGGAACGAAAGCGGAGGUGAGGUGCAUUCCCUCGUGUCAGCUGCCGCUAAUCAACGCGUUUCCCCGGGAACUCUCGGCGCUGGAUUUGGCUGCUUUAGACGAGGCACCAGUUGGGGAAUUUGUUGGAUUUAUCGAGGGGUCACCAGAAGCCAAACCCACCGCCAAAGGAGACGAAAAGCACAACGUUGCGGAAUUAUCAGCAAGGGAAGAAAGUUCGUCCAAAGUGCAGCCACGGCUGGGGGGAAAUAACACGAGUUGCCUGGAGAAGGACGCGUUUAACGGUCAGCAAAAACUUUCCCAGCAGGAAGUGGUUGCUGGGAGUGCUUCACGCACGGCUGCCUCAUCUCCUGUUAACGAUGACUUCACCCAAGAGGUAAAAAAUAACCGCGUAUAUGCUGAAAAUGGGGCACAGGUUGAUGUGUCUGAGGAAGAUGACGGGGACGUGCCCAGUUGGAGACGAACACGCAGCGCGAGGAGCGCAGAGGCAUGGUCCGGUUACAGACCCGAGGAGGGCGGGGAGGAUGCUUCGCUUGCGGACCAGGAGGAGGCUGAGCUCACAAGUUCUACAUUUGCACUGACCGGGGACACAGCGCAUAACCAGGCGAUGGUGCACUGGUCCGGACAGAACAGCAGCGUGAUCCUCAUGUUGACCAAAUACUACGACUUCAACUCUGGCAGAGUGACGGAGAGCUCUUUAUGGAGGUCAACUGAUUAUGGGACCACAUACAAGAAACUUAAUGAGAAAGUCGGGUUAAAAACCAUCCUGAGCUACCUGUACGUGAGUCCAAACAACAAAAGAAAGAUCAUGUUACUUACGGACCCGGAGGUGGAGAGCAGUCUGCUCAUUAGCCUUGACGAGGGAGCGUCCUAUCAGAAACACAGCUUAGCCUUUGAUAUCCUCAGCCUGCUUUUUCACCCCGAGCAAGAGGACUGGAUCCUGGCUUACAGCCACGACCAAAAGCUCUAUGUCUCUGUCGAGUUUGGGAGAAGAUGGCAGCUUGUGCAUGACAGCGUUGUCCCCAACAGAUUUUACUGGUCCAGACUGGGUUUAGACAAAGAGCAGGGAAUGAUUCACCUGGAGAUCACCGUUGCAGAUGGACGGUCACAGUACAUAACUUGUAAACUUCAGAAUUGCUCUGAUGGAAACAAGGGCAAGCCUUUCCCUGGAUUUAUCAUCCCUAAUUCCCUGGUGGUUCAGGAUGAAUACGUUUUCAUCCAGGUGCCAAUAGGUGGCCAGUCUGUCCAUUAUGUGUCCUAUAAAAGAAACGCUUUCUACCCCAUGAAGCUUCCCAAGUACACACUGCCAAAGGACUUGCAGAUAAUCAGCACAGAUGAUAACCAGGUGGUGGCAGCGAUCCAGGACUGGCACCAGAACGACUCGUACAACCUGUACAUGUCUGAGUCCAGAGGGCUGUUCUUCACCCUGAUGCUGGAGGACGUUGUGAGCAGCGGAGGACCCGAGGGUAACAUCAUGAUCGACCUUUAUGAGGUUGCUGGGAUUAAAGGGGUGUUCCUGUCAAAUAAAGUUGUUGAGAACCAAGUGAAAACUUAUAUCACAUACAACAAGGGGAGAGACUGGCGCCUUCUUCAGGCUCCAACAACCGAUCUCCAGGGAAACAAGGUCUAUUGUGAACAACCUUACUGUUCUUUACAUCUCCACCUGCAUGUCUCAGAGAAUCCCUACACCUCGGGGAACAUUGUCAGCAAAGAUACAGCUCCAGGAAUUAUAAUAGCAUCAGGUGUGGUUGGACCUGAGCUGACCAGCACUAAUGUCAGUAUUUUCAUCACAUCUGAUGCUGGAAACACCUGGAAAGAGGUUUUUCAGGAGGAGUACAGUGUGUUUUUCCUGAAUCAAGGAGGAUCUCUGGUGGCCAUAAGACACACACCUCUGCCAAUUAGGCAUAUUUGGCUGAGUUUUGAUGAGGGCAGAAACUGGGACAAAUAUAGCUUCACCUCCUCUCCACUCUAUGUUGACGGGGUGCUCGGGGAGCCUGGAGAGGACACCCUAAUUAUGACGAUAUUUGGUCAUUUCAGCCAUCGAUCUGAGUGGCAACUUGUAAAAAUUGACUUCCGGUCCAUUUUCCAACAUCGUUGCACAUCUGAAGAUUAUGUGACAUGGCAGCUACACAAUGGGGACGAAUCGUGCAUCAUGGGAAUGAAGAGAAUCUUCCAGAAGCUGAAAGCAAACGUUCAGUGUGUCAAGGCCAGAGAUCAGUAUAUUUCCCAGAUGUCAGACUCCUGCCCGUGCACAGAGGCAGAUUUUGAGUGCGACUACGGGUUUGAGAGGCAGGUUGAUGGAAGCUGCACUCCGUCUUUCUGGUUCGUUCCUUCAGCAACAUUCAGAGACUGCACCACUGGAGACAGCUUCCUGAACACCACAGGAUAUCGCAAGGCUUUGUCUAACAACUGCACUGAGGGAACGCUGCUGAAGUAUAGCCCCAGGCGACAAAAGUGUCCCACUCAGGCACCCAGGGGCCUCCAGCUCCUAACCAGCGAGGGAACACUGGUGGCAACCCUGGAGAGGAACGUCACUUUCCUGGUCUUCCUGGAAGAGGGUCUGAGCUCCACCACAAGUAUUACUGUAGACUUUGGCGAUGGGACCUCCAUAUCUUUUGUAAACAUAAGCUCCAUCGAUGACGGGAUCAAGCAUAUCUACAAUAAAGUUGGCAUCUACCAAGUUUCUGCGACAGCUGCCAACACUCUGGGCUUUGACAGGGUGAUACUCUACCUCCACGUCUCCUGUCAACUUGAGCAGGUUCAGCUCUUGGCCCCGUCAGUGGUCGUCAAGAACAAAGCAGUGAACCUCACGACAGUGUUACGCCCGAGCAAUGUGGGAACAGUCACCUAUUACUGGUGGUUUGGUAACAAAACAGAGCCUAUGGUGACCCUGGAUGGAGCGAUGUCUUUCACUUUCUCUGCAGUGGGGAGUCACACUGUUGUUGUUCAGGCUGCAGUGGGAAAUGCUGUCCAUCAGGAUCAGAUGACCGUCGCAGUUUAUGAUUAUUUUCGAUCCCAGGUUUUGGCCUUUUCUUCUAAUCUGGAUGAGAUGAACCCAGGGGUGUCUGAGUGGAGGGAAGACAUCGGCAGAGUGGUGAAGAGCUGUGCAGUUCAGGUCACAGGAAUCAGUGAGGAUCAGCUCCUGGUCACUGUGCUUCCAGGUGUGCCAACCACAGCAGAGAUUUUCAUUGUGCCUGAGAAGAGGGCGAGACAUGGAGCCAUGGAUGAAAAGUGGGCGCACCUGGAUCAGCUUUCCCAGGUUCUGCUAAGUGCUUUGAACCAAGACCUCAUCCAGUUCACACUCAAGCCAGGGGUGCUGGUGAACGUGUACGCCACGCAGCUGUCUCCAGCUCCUCUUGUGGACAGCAGCGACAGCAGCCACAGCAGCACAGCAGUCAUCAUGCUGGUGUCAGUCGUACUGAUGGGCUUGGCAGUCUUUGUGGUAUAUAAAUUCAAAAGGAAGAUUCCCGGCAUCAACACAUACACGGCGGAGCAGCCUGACAAAGAACAAGAGGUCAUCCCGACAGUGACCUCGAUCGCAGUCCCAAAUCCUGAGGGGGACAAGCUGACCUCACUGGAUCAUGUGGAUGUACAGCUGGACUCCAAAAGCCGAGGCUACCUGCCAUCUCACACAGACAUCAAGCUCUCUGAUGAAGCGCCCCAUGUGUUUUAAUGUUGGGAGUCUAUGACCGACUCGAAAGCAAUACAUCUUCUUUGGCAGUUACUUCCAGCAAGCUAUGAAACCACGGUCACAAUGAAUGGUCUCGAGUGUUUUGCUACCCAUGCAUGGAUGGACCAGUUCACACUGUGCUGCCUAAUCCCUCUGAGGAGAUUGUACAGAUUUCUACUCGCUUCUUGGAAAAAAAAAAGGGACACUUUUUGACUGAAAAUACUUGUAUUUUUGCAAGGACAUUGAUCUUUUUAUGUAAAUAAUGUACAUCCAUAAUGGAGGACGUAAAAGUUAUUUGUCUCAGCUGGUUACAGCUGCAUCUGCUCAAAUAUGAAAAUAUCAAGCGGCAGAAACGGACAUUAUGUAUGAUAUUAUCUCUAAAUAUGCUCCUGUUUCUGUUCUUUGGGCCUGUGUUUGUGAAGUUUACUUUGUUUAACUCUGUGGAAACAGCUUAUCUGAGCAAGACAGUGAGGGAAGCAGAUUCAUUAAGCUCUGUACAAUCAGUAAAUCUUAUCACCACGUUUGCAUCAAAUGAAAGCUUGCAAUAUCCAGGAGAUGAGGGAGGGCUCCUAGUCCCAGAUCUGUGUAUUCCAUCACGCCUGCCGCUCAAAAUGUUAUACAUGUCGUACAAAAAUAAGAAGAGAAAAUGAAAGUGGAUGUAUUGGAUAGGUAUAUACAGACGUCAUUUCUGUGCAGGAGACUCAAAUGAGCCUAUGUAUGACUUUGGAAUCAACUUUAUAAUUGUUGAUCAUACCCUCAUUUUAUAAGCUGUGCUUCUGGAUUGUUGUUGCCACAUCUCAUUUUUUAUUUUUGAGCAACUGUCCAUCAGACUGUUGAAUGCAAUGACUUUUAAACUUGUGCAUCAUAUCUGUGUUGCUGGGAGCGUUUGUUGUACAUUCUGGUUUCUAAAAAGUGAGUCUCAUUUACAUUUUCUGAAGAAGCCAAGCGUUAAAGGAGUAAAGUUUGGCUGUAAUGCAGUAAAAAAAUGGUCAGAUCUGCAUUUUAAUUCAUUAUUUAUGAAGAUUUAUUAACCUUUUUUUGUCUUAAUAGCAUCAUAAAUUCAAAAGACUUGUGCUCUUUGGUUUAAAAUGCUGCUCAUAUUGUUGUUUUUCAUCCAGCUGAUCUCACUGUGAAAGAGGAAAGUACAACAGCUCUGAACUACACCAAGUUUCAAUUGAUUUCUUUUUAUAGGUCAGAAAAACAACCUUGUAUUUAUUUUUUUAUUCAUUCCGGACUGUUUAUCUGCCAUGAUGACACCAGCAUCUCCACACGGCAUUCCCUGAGUUUACAGCGAUGCAGAGGAUCCUGCAGUCUGUUCGAGGUUUGCCCCCAAGGACUCGGCGGACAAAAGGCUGCGGAUUUGUUCAUCUCCUUGGCUGCGAGGGACACGGAGAUAGAGAAGACGUAUCUGCUGUCAACAAGGCUCAGCCUACGCGCAGAGCUUUGGUCAGCUGCUGUCUCUUUGGGAUAAGUACUGAAGUUCUUCUUCAUCAAACUUUUCUUUUUAAGUGUUGUCAGCAUCAUAUGUCAGAAAGACAAAUUGACUAGAGGCCUCUCCAUACUUCUUCCCUUCCAGUCCUGCGAACGAGCCUGAAGCAUAAAUAAACUCGCUCUCGUCAUCAGGUGAACGCUGUCUCUCUCUCUCUCUGCACCAAACAUCGGAGGAGUUUUAUUUUGUGCUUGUUAUGUAUUGAACAAAGUUUCUGUUAAAUCCCAAUAUUCAACCUGUGAAUACGAUUGUGAACAUAUUUGCAUGAUGUAUUUUUUUCCUCUUUUAAGAUACUUGAAAUUUGUCUUUAUUAGGAAAAAAAAAUGAAAUGGUAGAAACGUGAGCUUUGGUACUUCUUUGGUUUCUCUGAAGCUAGAGAACUCAUUCAUUACAAGUGACGUGAUUAUUCAGUGGGUUGUUUCUGUGUCUUUCAUUUGAUCUUGCAGAGGUAACCAUGGUUGCAGAAUAAAGCAGAAACACAACAUUAA